AUGCGGACGCUAAUAUUAAUAUACAUCGCGACGCUAGUGCAGUGCUAUAGAAGUGAAGUGAGGGGUGUGCGACAUGGUGGAAGGAGUCUCAUAAGACAUGGCCGGUCCAGGGUUCAUUUCUCGCGGAUGCACGGCCGGGCCAGAGACCUGGUCGCGCAGAUUGAAGCUGAGAGGAACGACUUUCAAAGUAUCGACAAAUCCGGUGAAGACCCUGUGAUAGCAGCGUUAAGGCCGUACGCGGCGCCAGACGACGAUGACGGCCUCAGAGAGCCUUACACCUUCCCUAAACCCUUCAACUACACAUCGAUCUCCAAACACGAAGUCACCACAGACGACGUGUCAUUAGUCGACCACUUCAUUAACGUAGAACAUAGUUACGAUAAUAACGACACCAAAACUAAUUUAGAUGAAAACUCUGACAUAAGAGACUUGAAUGGAACUGCUGAGAAUGUUACCAUUUCAAGGCCAGUUCACGAAGAUGUUGUAACAAAGUUCCUAAGAUUGAUAGAAACGCAACAUUUGCUUGGUGAGAAUUGUACAGCUGGCACUCAUUUGAAUUUGGGUGAAGGUGUAGUAGACAGGUACGCACAAGAAAGAUUUAGGAUAGAAGCUGAUGUGGCUGUAAAUAGAGCGAAUAUGUUGACAAGACUGUGGAAGUACGCGGGUCCUUCUGUGAUGCAUAAUGAGUAUUUGCUGCAUGCGAGUGUGUUUUCAAUGGUGGAGUUUGACGACGAUAUAUUUGCAGCUGGGAACUGUUAUGACCAGUUGCAGUAUAAGGAUUAUCAGUUGUUCUGUCCGUUUGCGUACCGUUUGCCCGAAGGCCCGAUACUAGCGAAGGAUCUGGCGGUGGAAUACAAAUAUUUGAGCAACACAUCGGAGUGGUUCUACAUCGCGCGCAAGAACGCUGAGCGCGUGAUCAGAAACCAUAAUCAGUUUAGAAGAGGGUUCAACACGUACACAUACAACGAUACUGCCCACACUGAUCGGGAACCCGACGAGAUACUCUCAGUUACCUACGAAGAUGGCAAGUGGUCGAAACCCUACUAUGACUGUGGAGGCGGCAACAUAUGGAUGCUGACUUACACUGUGCCCUUCUUCGGGUAUAGUAAUGGCAGUUAUUUUUUCAAAGGUACCAGUGGUAUCGACAUCGACCUUCGAAGAGUGGAUAUUGAUCAAUGUCCCAUGAGGUCAGGCUCCACGCAGCUGAACAUCUUCGCUGGCACUGAUAAAUGCAAGAAGAAAACCACAGAGUGUGUCCCAGUUCCCGGAUUAGGAUUCCGUCGCGGCUCAUACCGCUGCGUUUGUCGGAGAGGGUUCUACUUCCCCAACACCACAGCUGAUAAUCGGUACUACAAUGGAAGUGAUAUUGAGGAGGAGUAUGAAAAACAUUUAUUGCUCCAACGCAGUCUCUACUCCAUUCCCGAGGCCUUCGAGUGCCUCCCCUGCGCCGAGGGUUGUGAAGCCUGUAUAGACGGGUCUCCGUGUGUAGCUGCUCUGAACUGGGUAGUGAGGACCACGAUCUUCGCGCUGGCCUGCCUGGUCAUAUCGUGUCUGCCGUUCAUCGUGUACUUUACUAUUAAGUAUGGACAUGUGAGGGUGGUGAGAGCAGCCAGUCCAGCUCUCCUCAGGGUCAUAGUUUUGGGAGCUCUCCUCAUCUACUGCACCACUCUAGUCAUGUAUGGAAGGCCCACAGUCCUGACGUGUACCGCCAGAGUCUGGCUGCGGGAAGUUGGGUUUUGUCUCACGUAUGGAGCUCUCAUGUUGAAGACUUGGAGGAUAUCAGUAAUAUUCCAAGUGAGGUCAGCGAAGGCAGUGAAGAUAUCAGACAUGUACCUCCUUCGCCGCAUCGGGAUCAUUGUAGGCGUGGCCUGUGUACUCCUGGCUAUCAGAACCCUGGUAGCCCCACCAGCUGUCAUUGUGGGAAGAACAAAAGACGACCUCAAGGCGUACCUCUGUAAUACUGAUUGGUGGGACCAUUCUUUUACUACGUUGGAGGUGAUCUUCCUAAUGUGGGGAAUCAGACUCUGCAUCAUGGUGCGGAAAGCCCCUUCGGAGUUCAACGAGAGCCGGUUCAUCUCCAUGGCGAUAUACAACGAAUUCCUACUCUCUGUCUUCCUCAAUAUAUCCAUGUUAUUCCUCCAAUCACCAGCGAACCCAGACCUGCUGUACAUAAUCUUCUUCUGUCACACCCAGCUGACAGUCACUCUACUCCUGUGCUUCAUCUUCGGGAGCAAGGCAUACAUGGUGUACAAAGGCCACGGGAAAGACGAGCGUGAGAAAACCGGCAAGUUCAGAUCGAGGCCUGCCGAGUCUACUUACACUAUGACCACCAACCGCAGUGCGAGGUUCUGCGAUAAUAUGACUGAAAGGGAAUUAGAGGAGGAGUUCAGAAAAAUCUGCAACCAGUUAGAAAAGCUUCGGGAGAGAUGUGGCACUGGUGCGGUUAUUUCUCGAAGAAUAGGUGCCAUGCAGGACGCUGCAGCAGUUUAUGAUAGAAAGCCCCCUCCUUCCGAUCACUCAGCACCAUUGAAACUGAACACAGUGUUCAGUGCUGUGGCCGACCGGCUGAUGUGUACCGUCACACCAGCCGAAGAGUCUUCGAGUAGUGGUCGGGACUUGCCUUUCGAAGCUCCCCCAGCCUACAAGCACAAAACCUUCAGCCCCACCAAAAGCACAGAAAACAGCAACGUGGAACAGAGUCAGACAGACGUCACUACUGACUCUCCUAAAAAACGCACAGACCUGAACGAGGAACCUAAAGAAGAUAAGCAAAAUGGAGUGUUCAAGAUAUCUGGGGAACCAAACUGUGGUGAUAUCCGACCGCCAGAAGUUAGUCGUAACGGUUACAAUAAUAAGAGUGAGAAAUCCAGUGAACUGAAGUCCAGCCCCAGUAGUAGUGAGACUGUGAAGGGUGUUCGAUCAGGACACGCGAGGACUCAUGCUAUAGUUAUUAAUCUAGAUGAUAAGAGUCGCUUUACUGAAGAGGUCACUGUCUAA